GCCACGUCCCGUGAGAGGACGCCGGCGCGCGGUGACGUCACGGCGGAGUUGCCAUGGCCGCGCUGAGCGGCCUCGUAUCGGCGCUGGAGUCGUACAGGGGCCGGGACCGCCUGAUCCGCACACUCAGCUACUGCUGCCAGCUGGUCGGCGGGGCCCUGGUGGUCCGGUGUCCGGCCAGGUCAGAUGUGGGGACACGCCUGCUGGAACUGUCCUCCCAGCUGAGCCGCUGCAGGACCGUCCUGCGACUCUUUGACGAUGCAGCCAUGUUUAUCUACACUAAGCAGUAUGGCCUGGGGGCAGAGGAGGAGGACAUCUUUGUGCGCUGUGUGUCUGUCCUGGGCAACCUAGCUGACCAGCUCUACUACCCCUGUGAGCACAUGGCCUGGGCUGCUGAUGCCAAGAUCCUCUCCGUGGACUCUGCUCGGUGGUGGACACUGAGCACGGCCUUCUGGGGCCUCUCCCUGCUCCUGGGGAUUGCCAGGACCCUCCGGAUCAUCUCCCAUCUCAAGACACUUACCUCAAUCCUAUCUGCAAAGUCCUUUUUGCUGUGUAAGGGGGAUACUCACAGGUCCUGGGGAUUAGGACGUGGACACCUUUGGAGGCCAUGGCAGCACCCACCAGGCCCAGGAAGAAGACAGCACACUGGGGCCUGGACAGAAGUGACCGAUGUGGUGGCCUUUCCCAGGGUCCCUGAGCGCUGCUGGCGUUUCAUCAGCAAACAUCCCCUGAUAAAAUAGCCAGGAGUCUCCUGCCUGGCUCCAAGCUUCCGAAAACCGUAUGGUUCCUAGAGCUUUAAAGUGAUGGUUUCCUCCCAAACAUUUUCCUCUCUGCACAUUGGCUGCUUAGGUUUGCUCAGAGUCUCCUGCCCCGGAAAGCCUCGGGGGAGCCGGCCUCCCACGGCAGCCGAGGUCUCCCAGAUCCCGGCGGGGAGGUGGGCGGGCAGCGUCACGUCCGCCGUCCCUUGUCCCUGCAUAGGACACUGACCCUCAGUCGCCCUUGUUUGCCUCCCAUUCAAUGUUCUAAAUCCACAUAUUGGAGAUGGUCUGGAAAAUGAGCAAACCCCAAAGGGGAAGCUUCUGGCAGCCCCCAGUCCGCCCCAGCGAUCCCCCCUCUGUGCUUGGCGAUCCCUCCCAGGCUUCGAUCUCACACGCUGCCGACGUGCCUUCACCGGGCUCUCUGGUCCUGCUUCACAGACGCGGCUCUUUGUUGAGUUCAGCGUCCCUCAUGGUCACGGACUCUGUGGCUCUGGACAUUCUGUCUGGCCUGGCACUGGCCUUCCCUGUGCGCCCGGGGACCCUGGUGGCCAGUGGGCUGAGGCUGCCCCUCCCAGGGGGCCGUGGCUCUUGGCUUCUCAGUGCCUCACGUUCCUGUUUUAGGGGCAGCCUUGGUUCUGCUGAUGUUUAAAAAUAGGCUUUAUUUUUUAAGACAGUUCUAAGUUCACAGCAACACUGAUAUAUUCCAUCCCUCGGUGCCACCCCGUGCCCCACUGCCACCCCGUUCCACCUCCCAGACCAUCAGCAUUCCCACCACAUGGAUCACCCCAAGGCCAUUGUUGCAUUAGGGGUCGCUCCGGUUUGUAUUUUCAAUGGGUUUGGAUAAAUGUUUGACAUGUGUCCACAUCACAGUA